AUGUCCAGCGCUGACGCCAGCUUCCACGUCCUCGCGACCGUCCGCAACCCCUCCAAAUACACCUCCCCGCACCCCAACAUCACCUACGUGCCCCUCGAGCUCACCAGCAAUGAGUCCAUCCGCGAGCUACGCAAUCAAGUGACGGAGAUAACGCACGGCAAACUCGACAUCCUCUACAACAACGCCGGCCGCAACUACGUCGUGCCCGCGCUGGACUACGACGAAACAGAGCUACAUGAGCUCUUCCAAGCAAACGUCUUCGCCGUCAUGCGCAUGUGCAAGGAAUUCACACCUCUGUUAAUUGCAGCGCGCGGCACCAUCGUUCAGACGGGUUCAGUGGCGGGCUUGAUGCCGUAUGCGUGGGGCGCGCCGUACAACGCCUCGAAAGCAGCCUUGCACGCCUUUUCAGACACGUUGCGCGUGGAAUUGGCGCCGCUGGGCGUACGGGUCGUCAACGUCGUGACGGGCGGAGUAAAGAGUAACAUCGCGCGCACGCAUCGCACGUUGCCGGAGGGCAGUUAUAACCAGCCGCUGGCCGCGGAUUAUGAGCGCCGGUUGACGCAUAGCCAGCAAUUGGGCAUGGAUACGCAGCAAUAUGCGCGCAGCUGUGUGAGGCAGGUGCUGGCAGGAGAUGGGUGGGUGUUUAAGCAGCGGUGGAUCUGGGAGGGGAAGAUGAGUUGGGUGCGCUACUUCCAGACACGCAUCCCCCUCCGCCGUGCUGGCAAACAGCUGCUCGUAGUAGCUCGGCAUGAAGAUGUAUUCCUGGACGUAUAUGGACGUCGAGGCCGCGGUGCUUAG